CAGCAUGGUCACACUGUUUGGCAGUGUGUGUUAUUAUUUGCUGUUAUUGUGAUAAGAGCUAUUUCAUUAUUAUUUCAAAUAUUACUAUGCCAGUGCAACAAGUAGACCGAAAUAAUUAACAGCAAGAUGCAAAAGCAAGAGGAAGUCACAACGCGCCUCAAACGGAUACUCGAUCUAUUCCUGCGUGACAACUUUUCCACAACCAACAAUGUUUACUUUGAAAAGCUCAUAUCACAUCUGCAGGCCAAGGAGAACGCUGCUGUGUUGCAGUCGGCUUUCAUUAUUGAAUGGGUGGACAAGUGCCUGACAUUGAUUACAGAUGAUUACCACAAGGUGCAUCCUAAGAUAAUAUCGUUUUUAUUGAAUCUAAUCAGUCAUAUGGCGUCCAAUGAAUGGACCAUAAUACGAAUGCGCGAGCUUGACAUUAUGCACAGAGUUAUACAUUUCCUGCAAGCCCAGGAUCGUAAUUUCAGUCCAUCAAUCAAAUUGAGCGGCAUACGCGUUAUGAAGACCGUGACCACCUAUAGCAUGGGUCUGGCCUUUCUGCGUCUGCAACGCACUUGGACGCUGCUCAUUCAGUACAGUAACAAUGAUCAUACAUUGUAUGUGGUGCGUGAAGCGCGCCAAUUGCUUUACGAGAUGCUCUACAAAUUUUGUGAAAAGCUGCAUGAUCAAGCUGUCACAUUAGAAAUACUUGGUGAAAUAAUGAAGCCAAUACAUGAGAACGUUUAUAUAACUGAGCAUAUAAGCGAUGAACCCAUUAUGGAAACUGAUCGCAUUCAUGUAAGCGUCGACGACAAUGAGCUACUCCAUAAACUGUCCUCAACACUGGAAUUGCUCUCCUACAUAUUGCAGCAGACACUGGUGAGCGAGGAGCGCAUACAGAUUGUUGCGCUGCUGCGUGAUCAUCAUAAUCUGGAGAUAACUAUUUGGAAACUCAUUGAGAUGACACAUAAUCCGUACUUUGCCAAAAAAAUACUGAAUACGCUUUGCAGCUAUUACUUUGCCAUAUUGGUGCAUGAAAAGCUGCUGAAUCCGGAGUGCACCGAUCCACCGGAACAAUUUACCGAAUUUGGCGUAUCUUUCUUUAAUCUCAUUAAGUUUUGCAUACAGCGCCGCGAUGGCUUUAAUCUCGUUAACAUGGCCGAAUUGAAUCAUAUAUUGUGGAAAAAACUGGGCCCACGUGCGCCCAAGGAAAUUCUCAUUGAGGGUGAACGCGUGCUCUUUGAAAAUCAAUUGAUUUGUUUUCACAUAAUGCCGUUGCUAUUUUUUAUGAAGUAUGCGCGACAAAUGUCCGACGAAUCCAAGAGUGAACUGUUCGAUUCAUAUACUAUGAAGCUAUUGGAAAUGUGCUGCGAGCAAACAUUUCGCUUGUGCUACGCUGUACGCGAUGCGUUCAUCACGCCCGAUGGUUCUGCCAGUGGCAAUUUAUUUAAACCAGAGCUGACCAGAAAAUGUGUUUACAGCAUACUCUCAUUGGAAAAUAUUAUGGAUCGGGAGCAGGCUAUAACUGUUUGCCAGGCUCUGCUCUAUGCACUGCGUGAAGUGGUUGCCCACAAUGAUGCUAGCAAAACAAUGGAGGCUGAAGAUUGCCAUGAAAGCAGCAGCUCAAACAACUUCUUUAACAAAAAUCCACUUGGCCCAGAGGUUGCUAUACAAGAUCCGAAUGUUUUGCAUUCCAUUUUAGUCGCUCUGCGCAUCUUAAUUGAACGCUUUAAAAUCACUUGGAAGGAAUCAGUGGAGACCAUUGGUCUAGUCAAUUGCUUAGCUUUUGUUUUGGAGAACUGCAACAUGGAUGCGCCUUGUACAGUGCAGGCCAUAAAACUAGUUCAGUUGUCUGUUGAGCAUUUUCUAUCACCGAAUAUGGCACUACUGGUGGAUAAUUUGCAGGGUUCCGCAUUAGUUUGCCUGGGACCUAUAAUUGUAAAGCGCAUGCAUGAUACAACGUGGGAGGUGCGCGAUUCUACAUUAGAACUAACCACAUCUAUUGCCUGCAUUUCACGCAUUAAAUUUCCCGCUUUUCGACAGUUGUUAAUCGAUGCUAAGCUGCCAUCUAUUGUCUUUGAAAUGGCCAAGCAUGAUGCAGAGCUUUAUGUGCGAGCCUCCGCCUACAAAUGUCUGGCUAAAAUGGUGUCUAUUAAUGCUCUCUGGGAGGUUGGGCUUAGUCAAUUGGAUUUAGUGGAUCAUCUGUUGUAUGUACUGUAUCGUGAGACUGAGGACAUUGUGCGCGCCGAGGCCAUAAUAACGCUUGGAAAAAUCUACGAACAUCGCAAGAUACCCAGUCAGUACAAGAAUACGCUUUUCUCAACCAUAAACUAUUGCGUGGUCAGUGAUCAUCAUUGGGAGGUGAAAGCGAAUGCGCUUUGCUUUUGGCGCUUGGAAUUUAAGCGUCAGUUCAACAAUCAGGGCAUGAUCGAUGGCAGUUUUCCCACCGUUACCUUUUCGAAAGAGCAUAAGAAAAUUGUUACACUAACGGAGCGUGAGAUUAGACUGCGCAUAGCAAAAGUAUUUGCCGAGGUGCAGCAGUAUGGCUAUUUCGGCGUUGUGCUCAAGUGUCUGAACGAGGAGUAUGCCAUAGAGGUGCUGAAAAUUAUUGUAAGUGGCAUGAAAGUGCUCAACGAGAAGCUGGGCAGUUAUGAUUUUGAAGUUAUACUAAAUGAUAUUGAUGCGCUUGCAACGCCAGCGAAUAAUGCGAGCAGCAGCGUAUUUAAUGCGCCAGAGGAAGUAGCACCAAGUGCUCAAGCUGUGGAGGAGCAACCAAUUGCUGCGGAUCAGGCAGAUGAUAUAAUUGAAUCUAUAUUGAACUCGCAAGACUCACAGCUGCUGGAAAAAGCAUUCGAGUCACAAAUGCAAAUCAAUGAUCAUGAAACAGAGCAGCGACAUAUCGAUGAGUUCUAUUACAAACAAUUUGCUGUUACUGUGCGUCAUUGGCAUAAGGAGCUGGAGAAAUUUGACCUGGAUGCCUUGGUUAAACAACAGGAGGAUUGGUUCGAUCAUGGUGAUAAUUUGGUUUGCCUGCUGGAUGACAUUUUAAAUGCCAUCAAACGUGAUGAUGAAAAUAUGGUAUCCGAUUGUUAUUGAAGGCAAUUCAUGCUCUAAACAAAAAUCUUUGGAAUAAAUAAUA